AUGGCGUCGAUGAGCUUGUUCCAACGAAUCUACUAUAUUUUAAAUCCACCCACUCCCGCGAAGAAGGAUGGCGCCAUUCGCAUCGGUCUACUCGGAGCUUCCAACAUAGCCCCGAACUCAGUCAUAAUACCGGCCAAGUCCCAUUCCGAGGCCAUCAUCGCAGCGGUUGCUGCCCGCGACUCAGACCGCGCUCAGCACACGACCCCAGCACCUGGCCCAUCCGGGAAAUUGGCAUUACGAGAACCGAACAAACCUAACACCAGAGCAGAGCUCCUCGAUGACCCCACCAUCGACGCCGUUUACAUCGCGCUGCCCAACUCGCACCACUACGAAUGGGCCCUCCGCUCCCUGCAAGCAGGCAAGCACGUCCUCCUGGAGAAACCCUCGUGCUCCAACGCCACCGAAGCCCGCAAGCUCUUCACCCACCCGCUCGCAACCGCCCCCCAUGGCCCCGUCCUCCUCGAAGCCUUCCACCACCAAUUCCACCCGGCCUGGCAGACCUUCCUCUCCCUGACCCGCCAGACCCCCUGGGGCCCUGGCACCGUGGUCGACACAUCCUCACAAUUCUACCUGCCCCGGGGCUACAUCGCGCGCGAUGACAUCCGCUUCCAGUACGCCCUGUCCGGCGGAUGCCUGAUGGACCUGGCGACGUACCCGCUCUCCUGCGCGCGCCAGGUUCUGAACCUCUCGACGAAGCGAGAGGAGGACCUGGUGGUCGUGGAAGGCCAGUACACCCCACCCCGCCCGCUCAGCAGUUCCGACUGCCCUCCGUUUCACGAUGCGCAGCAGAUCGACACCGCCAUCUCCGCCACAUACCAGACCGCCGACGGCCUCCAAACAGCCCACAUCGCAGGCGAUCUGGCAUACACAGCGGCGGCGGCAGCGCAGAACAGCAGCGGGUUCCUCUCCCUGCUACCAACCACCUGGUCCCGAGUCAUGCCCUGGUUUGCGUGGCCCAGGACCGAGGCCACCCUCGCCGAGAUCCUGGUGGCCUCGCAGGGCGGCACGGAGACGCAGCACUUCGUGCAGCGGACCGUCGCGAUCUGGAACAUGAUCCUGCCGACGGUGUACCACCGCAUCGACGUGCGCGACACGCAUACCCUCUACCGCAAGGGGAAGCUGUCCAAAACCUGGGAGGAGGUGCAGUACCUCAAGGCGUAUAACUGGCCCGCGGGGGAUCAGCGGGCGGAGACAUAUCAGGAGUGGUGGACGACCUGGCGGUGUCAGUUGGAGGAGUUUGUGAAUCGGAUCAAAGGGAGGAAGGGAUCCGGGGUGUGGGUUGAUGGCGGGGAGAGUGUCAGGCAGAUGGAGGCGGUCGAUAAGACCUACCGGCGGGUGGGGUUGGAGGUUCGGCCAACGAUUAUCUCGUAG